AUGAAAACUCAGUUAAGUGACAGUUCCACUUUAAAUGGGAACAACUUUGAAAGUGUAAUUGUUGCUGCCAGUGAUCCUGCUCUAAGCACUGCAUAUCAGGCUGCUGCCAGUGAUCCUCCUCUAAGCACUGCAUAUCAGGCUGCUGCCAGUGAUCCUCCUCUAAGCACUGCAUGUCAGGCUGCUGCCAGUGAUCCUCCUCUAAGCACUGCAUAUCAGGCUGCUGCCAGUGAUCCUCCUCUAAGCACUGCAUAUCAGGCUGCUGCCAGUGAUCCUCCUCUAAGCACUGCAUAUCAGGCUGCUGCCAGUGAUCCUCCUCUAAGCACUGCAUAUCAGGCUGCUGCCAGUGAUCCUCCUCUAAGCACUGCAUAUCAGACUGCUGCCAGUGAUCCUCCUCUAAGCACUGCAUAUCAGGCUGCUGCCAGUGAUCCUCCUCUAAGCACUGCAUAUCAGACUGCUGCCAGCGAUCCUCCUCUAAGCACUGCAUAUCAGGCUGCUGCCAGUGAUCCUCCUCUAAGCACUGCAUAUCAGGCUGCUACCAGCGAUCCUCCUCUAAGCACUGCAUAUCAGGCUGCUGCCAGUGAUCUUCCUCUAAGCACUGCAUAUCAGUCUGCUACCAGUGAUCCUCCUCUAAGCACUGCAUAUCGGGCUGCUGCCAGUGAUCCUCCUCUAAGCACCGCAUAUCAGUCUGCUGCCAGUGAUCCUGCUCUAAGCACUGCAUAUCAGGCUGCUGCCAGUGAUCCUCCUCUAAGCACUGCAUAUCAGGCUGCUGCCAGUGAUUUACAAUGUUAA